UCAUUGUUUCCAGCAUUCAUCCGUCGAGUCGAAAGUACUUACACCAUCCCACUGUGCAUCUCCAAAAUGGACGAGCCCAAACACGUUAAAACAUUAUUUUCUGUUACAUGACGUAGAUGGGGAUGAUGAAGCCAGGUCGACAGCAGUGUUCAAUGAAAUGUGUUCCUCCUAUGGAGUGGAUUCCUGCCAAAUGUUGCGCGUUGGUGAGGCCGCUACACUGGAUGACCUUCCUGAUCUUUGGGACGACAUCGAAGAAGAAGAUGCUGUGCUCAGUGCAGGCCUACAUCGCGCUUUGCAACAUGCAGCAGCCUCAGCUAUGGCGCAGCAAACUUUGGAAAGAAAAUCAAAUGCCGCUAGUACUGUAUCAACCAUAUCUCCAUCUUACGCUGUUGUACAAUCAGCUGGUCUAUCUUCUACGGAGCUGAAUGGAUUUCCAGGAAACGCUCAACUUUCCACCAAAAAAUUUCGUAAUAUCUCAAAUGUGGAUAGGGAAGCUUUGACUAGUAUAAUGCAAAAGUUCCUCAGGGAUUGUCUGGUUCCCCAUGUGGAAAGGUUGAUGCGUACUCUAUUCGAGCAGCUGGCAGCUAGAAGAGGUCUGAUAGGAAAAUCGCUUACGAGUGGCAUGAAAAAAUGGUUUGGUGGAGGUUCCGCAGGCAGUCUUACAAAUUUGGCUGCAGUGACGUAG